AUGGAUGAAAACACCUUCUCAGAAAUCAUCAUCGAAACUGAGGAAGAUCCAAAGAAAGACCCAAAACUUACACUGUGCACUAUAUGCGGCAAACUAGUAAGCAACUACAGCCGUCACCAGAAAAAGCACGUAUUCACUUGCAAAGAAUGCUUCAGCACAUUUCGCAACGACAAACUACUUCAAGCCCACCAGGAAUUGCACGAUCGCGAAAACCGAUUCGAUUGCGAUUUGUGUCCGUUUAAAUUCAAAUCAGCUGUGAAGUUGGCUUAUCACAGAUACAAGCACACGAAAGUCUAUAUGUGCCCCAUUUGCGGCUUUGUAGGCAAAAGCAAAGCCGCAGGCUCAAUCAAAUUGCACAUUUGGCGGCACGAGGGCAACUUCCAGUUCAGGUGCGAAAAGUGCGGCAAAGGGUUUUUGAAUGCCACCAAACUCGAAGAUCAUUUAAACGUACACAAGGGCGAAAAAAAAUACGAGUGCCACAUUUGUAACAAGAAGUUUACCGUUAGGAAUUAUCUCACACUUCACAUUAAGCAUUUGCACAAAAAGGAAGUUUAUGGUAUUGAGGAAAGCUACCAGUGCGAAAUAUGCGGCAAAAACUUUUCGUUUGAAAAAAGCUUCAGAAGACACAUGAGCACCAUUCACAAAAUCGGCAAAGAUUUGACUAAAGAGUGUAAGAUUUGUAACAGAACAAUUGCAAAUGCCCACAACUUGAAGAAGCACAUGAAGACUCACACAGGCGAGAAGAACUAUGAAUGUGCAACGUGCGGCAAAAUGUUUGCACAAAAGAAGUAUGUGCAAAAGCAUCAGAGAGUGCAUUCGGGGAUUAAACGAGAAAAGCCGAAGGGAAUUAAGUUGGUGGUCCAGAAAUAG